AUUACGAACUCAAGCCAUUCCGUCCCAAUUCACUCCACUCCACUUGCCGAUUUCUCACGAUCUCCGCUUCCUAAGCAGUCGAAGAUAUCGUACGCCGCGCGCUUCACUCUCUGAUCGUCGAAGAGUUCGUACGCAGCGCGCUUCACUCCCUGAUCGGUUUUAAUUGCGCCAUGGCUUGUAAUGACAUUGUGGAUAUUCCUAAUGGAAGAAUCAAGACAAGUCCUGAUCCACGAAGGACUUACCAAGUUGUUGUGGCUGCAACUCAAGAUAUGGGUAUUGGGAAGGAUGGGAAACUACCUUGGAGCUUGCCUUCUGACGUCAAGUUUUUCAACGACAUUACAUUGAAAACAUUAGCUCCUGUGAAAAAGAAUGCAGUAAUUAUGGGUAGAAAAACCUGGGACGGUAUUCCGCUGGAGCAUCGGCCUCUACCUGGCCGCCUUAAUGUUGUUCUGAGUCGUUCUGGAAGCUUUGAUAUUGCAACUGCUGCGAAUGUUAUUAUUUGUGGAAGCGUAUCUUCUGCUUUGGAGUUAUUAGCAUCAUUUCCUUAUUGUCUGUCAAUUGAGAAAGUGUUCGUUAUUGGAGGUGGCCAGAUUUUAAGGGAGAUGCUAAACGCCCCUGAAUGUGAUGCCAUACACAUCACCGAAAUUGAGACAAACAUUGAGUGUGACACUUUCAUCCCGGCUAUUGAUGCUUCUGAAUUUCAGCCAUGGUACUCAUCCUUCCCCUUAGUGGACAUGGAGCAAAACAUUCGCUAUUCUUUCACUACUUAUGUUCGUGUGAAGAACUCUUCGGUUGCACCUGUUUAUGAAACUGGUGGUCGGUCUGUGAGUAGCCUGGUUUCCGGUAAUUUUGAGGUGAAUAAGUUCUCCUUACUGCCUAAGAUGGUGUUUGAGAAGCAUGAGGAGUACAUGUAUUUGAGACUAGUUGAUGAUAUCAUUUCAAAUGGCACCCUUAAACAUAAUGGAACAGGGAUUCGUAUGUCAUCAAAAUUUGGGUGCCAGAUGCGGUUCAAUCUUCGAAAAUCUUUCCCACUUCUUACAACUAAGAAAGUAUUUUGGCAUGCUGUAGUAGAGGAGCUACUUUGGUUCAUCAGUGGCUCAACAAGUGCCAAGGUCCUACAGGAAAAAGGCAUUCAGACAUGGGAUGACAAUGCUUUCGACUACCUCAAUAGUUUUGGCUUGGUUGAUAGAGAAGAAGGUGACCUGGGACCCGUUUAUGGUUUCCAGUGGAGACACUUUGGUGCCAGCUACACAAACAUGCAUGCGGACUACAAAGGCCAGGGGUUUGAUCAGUUGUUGGAUGUUAUUGACAAGAUUAAGAACAGACCAGAUGACUGUCGGAUUCUUCUCUCGGAUUGGAACCCGUCUGACCGCAAAUUAAUGGCACUUCCGCCUUGCCCCAUGUUUGUGCAGUUCUAUGUCGCCAAUGGGGAGUUAUCAUGUCAAAUAUUUCAGCCCUCAGCUGACAUGGGUCUUGGCGUGCCAUCUAGCAUUGCUUCUUAUUCUCUCUUGACAUGCUUGAUUGCUCAUGUUUGUGACCUUGUUCCCGGUGAUUUUGUACAUGUUCUUGGGGAUGCUCAUGUCUAUUGUGCUCAUGUCAGGCCUCUGCAGGAGCAGCUUAAAAUGCUCCCUAAACCUUUUCCAGUUUUGAAGAUCAAUCCUAAGAAGAAGGAUAUAGACUCCUUUGUUGUGUCUGAUUUCUCACUUGUCGGUUAUGACCUUGCCAUGAAAUAG